CGAGGGCGCCGAGAAGCGGAGGGACGUCUUCUUCGGAGCAUGAAGCAGCAUGUCUGAUAAAAUGUCCAGCUUCCUCUACAUAGGGGACAUCGUGUCCCUGUACGCGGAGGGCUCGGUCAACGGCUUCAUCAACACGCUGGGGCUAGUGGACGACAGAUGUGUCGUAAACCCAGAGGCGGGGGACCUUGCCAACCCUCCCAAGAAGUUCAGAGACUGCCUCUUUAAGGUGUGCCCUAUGAACCGAUAUUCUGCUCAGAAACAAUAUUGGAAAGCCAAGCAAGCUAAACAGGGGAACCACACAGAGGCAGCCUUGCUGAAGAAAUUGCAGCAUGCUGCUGAACUGGAACAAAAGCAAAAUGAAUCAGAGAAUAAGAAACUGUUGGGAGAAAUUGUGAAAUACAGCAACGUCAUACAACUGCUGCAUAUAAAAAGCAACAAGUAUCUGACUGUCAACAAGAGACUCCCUGCUUUACUGGAGAAGAAUGCCAUGCGCGUGUCCUUGGAUGCUGCAGGGAAUGAAGGGUCUUGGUUUUAUAUCCAUCCCUUCUGGAAGCUGAGAAGCGAGGGUGACAAUAUUGUUGUAGGAGAUAAAGUUGUUUUGAUGCCCGUGAAUGCAGGACAGCCGCUACAUGCCAGCAACAUAGAGCUUCUUGAUAAUCCAGGGUGUAAGGAGGUGAAUGCUGUUAAUUGCAACACUAGCUGGAAAAUCACUUUAUUCAUGAAAUAUAGUUCCUAUCGAGAGGAUGUACUGAAAGGCGGUGAUGUUGUCCGACUGUUUCAUGCGGAACAAGAGAAGUUUCUGACUUGUGACGAAUACGAGAAAAAGCAGCACAUUUUCCUUCGCACAACCUUGCGUCAAUCAGCCACUUCUGCCACCAGUUCUAAAGCACUCUGGGAAAUAGAGGUGGUUCACCACGACCCGUGCCGAGGGGGUGCCGGACAGUGGAACAGCUUGUUCAGAUUUAAACAUCUUGCAACCGGGAACUAUUUAGCUGCAGAGCUUAACCCUGAUUAUCGAGAUGCCCAAAAUGAAGGAAAAAACGUGAGAGAUGGAGAUCUUCCAACUUCAAAGAAGAAACGCCAGGCAGGGGAGAAGAUCAUGUACACUUUGGUCUCAGUCCCACAUGGAAAUGACAUCGCAUCCCUUUUUGAACUGGAUGCCACAACUCUUCAGAGAGCAGACUGCCUGGUUCCAAGGAACUCGUAUGUUCGGUUAAGGCAUUUGUGUACCAACACGUGGGUCACCAGUACCAGCAUCCCCAUAGACACAGAUGAAGAGAGGCCUGUUAUGUUGAAGAUUGGAACUUGCCAAACGAAAGAAGAUAAAGAAGCCUUUGCCAUCGUGUCUGUCCCGCUGUCUGAGGUCCGAGACCUAGACUUCGCCAAUGACGCGAAUAAAGUGCUAGCGACCACAGUCAAAAAGCUGGAAAACGGCACGAUAACUCAGAACGAAAGGAGAUUUGUAACCAAAUUAUUGGAAGACCUCAUCUUCUUUGUUGCUGAUGUACUUAACAACGGACAGGAAGUUCUGGAUGUGGUUAUCACGAAGCCAAACCGAGAACGUCAGAAAUUAAUGAGGGAACAAAACAUACUGGCACAGGUAUUUGGGAUUCUUAAAGCGCCCUUUAAGGAGAAAGCGGGAGAAGGCUCAAUGCUGAGGCUUGAAGAUCUGGGAGAUCAAAGAUACGCUCCCUACAAGUACAUGCUGAGGCUGUGCUACCGUGUGCUGAGACACUCGCAGCAGGACUACCGGAAAAACCAGGAAUAUAUUGCUAAGAAUUUCUGUGUCAUGCAGUCCCAGAUUGGCUAUGAUAUUUUGGCAGAAGAUACCAUCACAGCUUUGUUGCACAACAACAGAAAACUACUAGAGAAACACAUCACAGCAAAAGAAAUAGAAACAUUUGUUAGUUUGCUCAGGAGAAACCGCGAGCCAAGAUUUUUGGAUUAUUUAUCGGAUCUGUGUGUGUCUAAUACCACCGCGAUCCCUGUAACUCAAGAACUCAUCUGCAAAUUUAUGUUGAGCCCAGGCAACGCUGACAUUCUCAUUCAAACCAAGUUGGUCUCAAUGCAGGGAGACAGCCCCAUGGAGAGCACCAUCCUGUCAGAUGACAUUGACGACGAGGAGGUCUGGCUCUACUGGAUUGACAGCAACAAGGAGCCUCACGGCAAAGCUAUCAGGCAUCUUGCUCAAGAGGCCAAGGAAGGCACCAAAGCUGAUUUAGAAGUUCUUACCUAUUACAGGUACCAGCUGAACCUCUUCGCAAGGAUGUGCUUGGAUCGCCAGUAUCUGGCCAUAAACCAGAUUUCUGUGCAGCUCUCCGUUGAUUUGAUCCUGCGGUGCAUGUCAGACGAGAGCCUGCCCUUUGACCUCCGAGCAUCUUUUUGUCGCCUCAUGCUCCACAUGCAUGUUGACCGGGACCCCCAGGAGUCCGUGGUCCCUGUUCGCUAUGCCAGGCUCUGGACGGAAAUCCCCACAAAGAUCACGAUUCAUGAAUAUGAUUCAAUAACAGACUCUUCCAGAAACGAUAUGAAGAGGAAAUUUGCACUGACCAUGGAAUUUGUUGAAGAAUACUUGAAAGAGGUUGUAAAUCAGCCUUUUCCGUUCGGAGAUAAAGAAAAAAACAAACUGACAUUUGAGGUGGUCCACUUGGCUCGGAAUCUCAUAUACUUUGGAUUUUACAGCUUCAGUGAAUUAUUAAGGCUAACGAGAACACUUCUGGCUAUCCUGGAUAUCGUGCAGGUCCCCAUGUCAUCGUAUUUUGAAAGAUUAAGCAAAUUUCAGGAUGGAGGAAACAAUGUCAUGAGAACCAUCCAUGGGGUGGGAGAGAUGAUGACCCAGAUGGUACUCAGCAGGGGUUCCAUCUUUCCCAUGAGUGUGCCUGACAUUCAGCCCAGCCUGCUCCCCAGCAAGCAGGGGACCCCCGCCGAGCAAGAGGACAUCACUGUGAUGGACACCAAGCUGAAGAUUAUUGAGAUCUUACAGUUUAUUCUGAGUGUCAGACUCGAUUAUAGGAUCUCAUACAUGCUGUCAAUAUAUAAGAAGGAAUUCGGGGAGAGCAAUGGAAAUGCUGAGACGUCCGCCAGUGGCUCUCCAGAUACGCUGCUGCCAUCAGCUAUUGUUCCUGAUAUAGAUGAAAUUGCAGCUCAGGCAGAAACUAUGUUUGCUGGAAGAAAGGAAAAAAAUCCAGUUCAACUUGACGACGAAGGAGGCAGGACGUUUCUACGGGUCCUCAUCCAUCUGAUCAUGCACGACUACCCUCCUCUGCUCUCAGGAGCCCUGCAGCUGCUGUUCAAGCACUUCAGCCAGAGAGCAGAAGUUUUACAGGCAUUUAAACAGGUGCAGUUGCUGGUGUCCAAUCAGGAUGUGGACAACUACAAGCAAAUCAAGGCAGACCUCGACCAGCUUCGACUGACUGUAGAAAAAUCCGAGUUAUGGGUUGAGAAGAGCAGCAGCUAUGAGAAUGGAGAAAUGGGUGAAAAUCAAGUGAAAGGUGGUGAAGAGCCCAUUGAGGACUCAAACAUUUUAAGUCCCGUGCAAGAUGGGACAAAGAAACCUCAGAUUGACAGCAACAAGAGCAACAACUACCGGAUUGUCAAGGAGAUUUUGAUCAGGCUAAGUAAACUCUGUGUACAGAACAAAAAGUGCCGAAAUCAACACCAGCGAUUACUGAAGAACAUGGGAGCCCAUUCAGUGGUGUUGGACCUUCUACAGAUACCUUAUGAAAAGAAUGAUGAAAAGAUGAAUGAAGUCAUGAAUCUGGCCCAUACCUUCCUGCAGAAUUUCUGUCGGGGAAAUCCACAGAAUCAAGUUCUCCUUCAUAAACAUCUGAAUUUGUUCCUAACUCCUGGACUCCUUGAAGCAGAAACCAUGCGGCACAUCUUCAUGAACAAUUACCAUCUGUGCAAUGAAAUCAGCGAGAGGGUGGUCCAGCACUUUGUGCACUGCAUCGAGACGCACGGCCGCCACGUGGAGUACCUGAGGUUUCUGCAGACGAUUGUCAAAGCAGAUGGCAAAUACGUGAAGAAGUGCCAGGAUAUGGUAAUGACCGAGUUGAUAAAUGGGGGUGAAGAUGUGCUGAUAUUUUACAAUGAUAGAGCAUCAUUUCCCAUCCUUCUCCAUAUGAUGUGUUCAGAGAGAGACCGAGGGGACGAGAGUGGCCCCUUAGCCUACCACAUCACCCUUGUGGAGUUGCUGGCAGCAUGCACAGAGGGGAAAAACGUCUACACUGAAAUCAAGUGCAAUUCCCUUCUGCCCCUGGACGACAUAGUGAGGGUGGUGACCCACGAUGACUGCAUCCCUGAGGUUAAAAUUGCUUACGUGAAUUUUGUGAAUCACUGUUACGUUGACACUGAAGUGGAAAUGAAGGAAAUCUAUACAAGUAACCACAUUUGGAAGUUAUUUGAGAACUUCUUGGUGGACAUGGCAAGGGUUUGCAACACAACCACAGACAGGAAACACGCAGACACGUUCUUGGAGAAGUGUGUCACUGAGUCAAUCAUGAACAUUGUGAGCGGCUUCUUCAAUUCUCCCUUUUCAGACAACAGCACCAGCCUCCAGACACAUCAGCCAGUUUUUAUUCAGCUGCUUCAAUCUGCCUUCAGAAUUUACAAUUGCACCUGGCCAAAUCCGUCACAGAAAGCCUCGGUGGAGUCCUGCAUCAGAAGUUUGGCUGAAGUGGCAAAGAAUCGUGGGAUUGCCAUUCCAGUGGACUUGGACGGCCAAGUUAAUACUCUUUUUAUGAAGAGUCAUUCAAAUAUGGUGCAGCGGGCUGCCAUGGGUUGGAGACUCUCAGCUCGCUCUGGACCACGCUUUAAGGAAGCUCUUGGAGGGCCUUCUUGGGACUAUAGAAAUAUUAUUGAAAAGUUACAGGAUGUGGUGGCCUCCUUGGAGCAGCAGUUCAGCCCGAUGAUGCAGGCUGAAUUCUCAGUGUUGGUUGACGUGCUGUACAGUCCAGAACUGCUGUUCCCCGAGGGGAGCGACGCAAGAAUAAGAUGCGGUGCUUUCAUGUCCAAGUUGAUUAAUCAUACAAAGAAGCUGAUGGAGAAAGAAGAAAAAUUGUGCAUUAAAAUUCUUCAGACUUUACGAGAAAUGCUGGAGAAGAGAGACAGCUUUGUGGAAGAGGGUAACACGUUAAGAAAGAUACUCCUGAAUCGAUACUUUAAAGGUGACUAUGGAGCGUGUGUGAACGGACACCUCUCCGGAACCUACUGCAAAUCUGCACAAGGGGGAGGGAGCUUUUCUGGGCAAGAUUCAGAUAAGAUGGGGAUAUCCAUGUCGGAUAUUCAGUGUCUACUGGAUAAAGAAGGUGCAUCUGAACUUGUCAUUGAUGUUAUAGUGAACACCAAAAACGACAGAAUUUUUUCAGAAGGCAUUUUGCUUGGCAUUGCCUUGUUGGAAGGAGGAAAUACACAAACUCAGUAUUCCUUCUACCAGCAGUUGCAUGAACAAAAAAAGUCAGAAAAAUUCUUCAAAGUUCUGUAUGACCGAAUGAAGGCUGCUCAGAAAGAGAUCAGGUCAACAGUGACGGUUAACACCAUAGACUUAGGUAACAAAAAGCGGGAUGAUGACAAUGAGCUGAUGACGUCUGGCCCACGAAUGAGAGUAAGAGAUUCAUCAUUACAUUUAAAAGAAGGAAUGAAAGGGCAACUAACAGAAGCUUCUUCGGCAACAUCCAAAGCAUACUGCAUGUACAGAAGAGAGAUGGAUCCGGAAAUAGACAUCAUGUGCACAGGCUCCGAGGUGGGAAACGCCGAGGACAAGUCUGCCGAGGAGGUGACCAUGAGUCCUGCCAUUGCCAUCAUGCAGCCGAUCCUGAGGUUUCUUCAGUUACUCUGUGAGAAUCACAAUCGGGAGCUGCAGAACUUCUUGAGGAAUCAAAACAACAAAACAAAUUACAACCUUGUCUGUGAGACCCUCCAGUUUUUGGACUGCAUCUGUGGGAGCACGACCGGCGGCCUGGGCCUGCUGGGCCUCUACAUCAAUGAGAAGAAUGUAGUGCUGGUCAACCAGACCCUGGAGAGCUUGACCGAGUACUGCCAGGGCCCGUGCCAUGAAAAUCAGACAUGUAUUGCUACCCACGAAUCUAAUGGGAUUGAUAUCAUCAUUGCUUUGAUUCUAAAUGACAUCAACCCUCUUGGUAAAUACCGAAUGGACCUGGUGCUCCAGCUAAAGAACAACGCUUCCAAGCUGCUGCUGGCCAUCAUGGAAAGCAGGCAUGACAGCGAGAAUGCAGAGAGAAUUCUUUUUAACAUGAGGCCCAGGGAGCUGGUGGAUGUGAUGAAGAAUGCCUACAACCAAGGACUGGAGUGCGAUCACGGGGAGGACGAGGGCGGAGAUGAUGGCGUCUCUCCAAAAGAUGUCGGACACAACAUCUAUAUUCUGGCCCAUCAGUUGGCCCGCCACAACAAGCUGUUACAGCACAUGCUGAAGCCAGGAUCCGAUCCAGACAAUGGAGACGAAGCCUUGAAGUAUUAUGCCAACCAUACUGCACAGAUCGAGAUUGUUCGGCAUGAUAGGACAAUGGAACAAAUAGUGUUUCCUGUCCCCAACAUAUGUGAAUACCUCACGCGAGAAUCCAAGUGCCGCGUGUUCAGCACCACGGAAAGGGAUGAACAGGGAAGUAAGGUGAAUGACUUUUUCCAGCAAACGGAAGACCUCUACAAUGAGAUGAAGUGGCAGAAGAAAAUCAGGAGUAACCCCGCCUUGUUCUGGUUCUCGAGGCACAUAUCCCUCUGGGGCAGCAUCUCCUUCAACCUGGCUGUGUUCAUCAACUUGGCUGUGGCUCUCUUCUACCCAUUUGGGGAUGAUGGAGAUGAAGGGACACUGUCACCACUGUUCUCAGUUGUGCUUUGGAUAGCCGUUGCAGUCUGCACAUCCGUGCUGUUUUUCUUCUCCAAGCCUGUGGGUAUUCGGCCAUUUCUUGUGUCAAUAAUGCUCAGAUCAAUAUAUACGAUAGGUCUUGGACCUACAUUAAUACUUCUUGGUGCAGCUAAUCUUUGUAAUAAAAUCGUGUUUCUGGUGAGUUUUGUUGGAAACCGCGGCACGUUCACCCGAGGGUACCGAGCGGUCAUCCUGGAUAUGGCCUUUCUCUACCACGUAGCGUAUGUCCUGGUUUGCAUGCUGGGCCUUUUUGUCCACGAAUUCUUCUAUAGCUUCCUGCUUUUUGAUUUGGUAUAUAGAGAAGAAACUCUGCUCAAUGUCAUAAAAAGUGUCACGCGGAACGGCCGCUCCAUUAUUCUAACUGCAGUCCUGGCUCUCAUCCUUGUCUACCUGUUUUCCAUUAUUGGGUUCCUUUUUCUGAAGGAUGACUUUACUAUGGAAGUGGAUAGGCUGAAAAAUAGAACUCCUGUGACAGGUAGCAGUGCCGUUCCUACUAUGACUUUAACCUCAAUGAUGGGAACAUGUGAAAAGGACAACUGCUCACCCACGAUACCGGCUUCAAAUACAGCUGAGGAAGAGUAUGAAGAUGGAAUUGAAAGGACAUGUGACACCCUCCUUAUGUGCAUUGUGACCGUCCUGAACCAGGGCCUCCGGAACGGCGGUGGCGUGGGAGACGUGCUGAGAAGGCCGUCGAAAGAUGAGCCCUUGUUUGCUGCCCGAGUGGUAUAUGACCUUCUCUUCUAUUUCAUCGUUAUCAUCAUCGUACUUAACUUGAUUUUUGGUGUCAUCAUUGAUACUUUUGCUGAUCUCAGAAGUGAAAAACAGAAAAAAGAAGAAAUUCUAAAGACAACCUGCUUCAUCUGUGGACUCGAGAGGGACAAGUUUGAUAAUAAAACGGUUUCUUUUGAGGAGCACAUCAAGUCGGAACACAACAUGUGGCAUUAUCUGUACUUCCUCGUUCUGGUGAAGGUCAAGGACCCCACGGAGUACACCGGACCUGAAAGUUACGUGGCUCAGAUGAUUGUGGAGAAGAACUUGGACUGGUUUCCUCGGAUGCGAGCCAUGUCCCUUGUUAGCAAUGAAGGUGACAGUGAGCAAAAUGAGAUUCGGAACCUGCAGGAGAAGUUGGAAUCGACCAUGAGUCUGGUCAAACAGCUGUCCGGUCAGCUGGCGGAGCUCAAGGAACAGAUGACAGAACAAAGGAAGAAUAAGCAGAGACUGGGCUUUCUCGGAUCAAACACACCCCAUGUGAAUCAUCACAUGCCACCACACUGAUACCAGGGGGGCAGCCGUGACCAGCCUUUCAUCAGCGUCCUGCCUGAUCGCUGGAUAAAGAACUGAGACGGAGGGGAGUGAACAGUGCCUAUUGUUGCAAAGUUAAAAACAACCAAGUGCCAAGACAUUGAGUGGUUUCGCUUGGAGAACAAUUUAUAACUGUGUUUUCAUGGUCGAGAAGACCAAACUUAAAAUGCAGCCGCCAGAAAGCACACAUCACGCAUUCUUAAUGCAAAGAGAAGUCCACUUGCUCAGAUGGACGGAGAGGGGAGGAGGGAGGCGGGGUGGAAGGAGGUGGAAGGCGGAGAGAGCUACCUUUUGCUAAAUCGAUGAGAGUCCGUUUUCUCUUAAAUGCUGGCUGCAGCUUUUGUCAUGGUUGGCUGGAAUCUAUUUCUUUUAAUUACAGCGUGCAGGUCAGUGAUACAGGAAGUCAUAUUUUGGUGGCCAAGUUUUACUAAGGGAAAUAACUGAAAGGAUUCAAACUGAGAGUUGCAAAGGAAAAUGUUAAUGCUUCCAAACCGUAGCUGUCACGGGGCAAUUUCCUUAUUUAUAACGUGCAACGCAGUGGAUUUACAGCUCCAGGAACAAGUGCUUUGGAGUUUAUGCCUCUCACGCCAACAACAGGUCUGGAAUGUGACCACUUGCUCCCAGAUUUCAGAGAGGCUCUGUCAGGAUGGACCAGAAAAAGUUAUUUUCUUAUAACUUGUUAAAAACACGUUUUAAGUCAUGUAGAGGCUAAGAUUUUUAAAGAUUUGGGGGAAGCGAAAGCUGAAAGUAGCCCCAGGGAAGAAUUUUUUGAGAACAUACGUAUACUAUUAAAAUACAUUGAGAUUAAUAAAUGAAAAUGCUUAAAGGUGACAGGAAAUAUUGAGCAACUUACGAUGGUGACAUUGCCCUUUAUAAAUAUGGAGUAAAAGCUAUUCAUGUUUGCCGUGCUUAAAGAACUGAGUGGUUUUAUUUAUCCUAUUCGUGCAGUUGGGGGAAAAGAAAUCCAAGAAAUGUGUUGAAUACUCAAGAAAAUGCAGCGUUUCAAUUGCAUAUUUUAAACUGUUUCAGUAAGAGCUUUUCAGAAUGUAAAAAGAUAAUCACCUCUUCCCCAAAUUGUUUUUAAUGUUAAAUUAUGCAACCAGAAUUUGUGGAGGGAGAAAAGAACCUGCCAUGCGUAUUAUUCUUGGAGACUAUGCUUUCAGAAUGAUAAAGCAAAAUUCAGAUAGUGAAAAAGUGUUAAGAGAACUGCCACGUGGCAAGAGACUGAGGCACGUGACACUGGGCUCUGGGAGGCACUCUGCAAGCUGUGCUUUUGGUUUCUGCUUCCAGGAGAACAAAAAAUUGCCUCCAGAGUCUUUAAACUCUCCUGUUAUUACCACCAGGGUUUAAGGUUUGGAUAGGGUUUGCUGUGACCAUUUUUAAAGCUUUGGAUUAUUUUAAUGUAGUUUAAGAUGCUGGUCCUAAAAUUCUCAAAUCGUGGUCUAGGUAGAUUAAAAAGGAUUCCUAAGCCAACCCUUUUCCCACACACCGUUAAAAUGUAGGCUGGGAGGCAAGAUGUUGAAACCCAAAGCAAUGAGUUUUUGAACUGAAUCUGUUGGUACAUCCCUACCUUAAGUACCUCCUCAAGUUAGGAAUUCCUCACUCUGAUGUGAUAGUAUUUUUCCUGACCAGUCGCUAGAGGACUAUGAUCCAAAGAUACUCAGAAACUGCGGUAUAUCUCUGCAUGCAACACAGAACUUUGAAUCUAGUAAGCAUCCAAUAAAUGUACAAGAAAUUCCUCUGUCAUUCAAUCCUAAUUCUUCAUUAAAACUUUAAACUAUAUCACCUAUUUUUUUUUUUAAGUGGCUUCACCAAAACAGAAGUGGAAAGCAACCAUUAAAAAAAGAAACAAAAAAACAAGACCAUGAUUGUUGUUAACAGUAUUAGAUGAAAAGUACAUGAUAAAGUAUUUUAAUUAGGCAGAGAAUUUUGCAUGCAGGGAAAAGUGGUAAAUAUUGGCUGUAGUGCAGUGCAGGAAACUAUCUCUGUUUAAGCACAAAGUAAAAUAUUUCUGAUGUCCAAACAUGGAAAAAAUUUAAUUUGUCCAGAUGAGAGCAACCCGUCUUUCAAAUAAACUAUCUGGUCUUUUCAUACACUUUUUCAUAGAGAAUGAACCAUUGAGUAAGUAAGUGCCAUGAAGAAAUGGCCCAACCUUGCCAACCAUUGUGCAGUGACAGCUCACUACAUCACAGUGUGUUUCCUCCUAUGAAAAGUAUUCAAAAGAGAUUGCAACUAACCUAACUCUUAUUUAAUCGAAAUUGAAAUAUUUCUCCAUUGUGUUUCUUUUUCUGUCCCACCUAAAUCCUUUGAGGUUAGAAAGCAAAAUAAACAAAAGCAAACAAAAAAGGCAUUUUCCAGGCUAUUAAAUUCAUGAUGGAGAAAUUUGACAUCUGCUAUAAAUUUAUAUUUGUUUUGGGUAUGUUUCAUAAUGCAACUGGGACAUUUGACCUUGGCAGGUAGCAAUUAACAUUCUCAUAUUUAUAUAGUGAUUUAAAAAUAAAUACAAUCAUCUUUGAUUUUGAUGUUAAGGGAAAUGUUUUACUAUUUAGUUAUUAAAACCCCUAUUGGUUUAAAAAUAUCCAUUUCUGCUGAACGUAAUUUUUAAUUUCAAAAGGAUUUUAUUCCUCUACAUGUUCUGUUCCAAGUUAAGAGUUUCAUGCAAAUGUUUCUUUAAGAUACCGUUUUUAGAGAAGAAAAUGUUUUGUAUCAUAUAAGACUAUAAUAUUAAUAAAUAAAUGUUACACUUGUAAAAAAUCAUAUUUUUACCUCUUAAAAAAGUUAGUUUAGACAUGGGCUUUUUUUCUUCCAUAUUGGGGAUAAGAAUGCAGUUUCUAGUGGAUUAUUGAUAAAUCAGGAAGUAUUUCCUUCAUGUCAGAACUAGUUGUUUGCGCUUUUCCGUCUUCUCAGCUCACAACUCAGUUUUGGCUGUUUUUUUUUUUUAGUUUAUAGAUGUUUUAUAAUGAACAGUAAUGCAGUAGGGCCCCCACUCUUCCCCCACGCCCCAGGGCUGAGAAUGCGUGAAGAGGCCAGGGAUCUGGGGACUUGGGGAGGGAAGGUGCAGGCUGGGACUUCACUAUGAUUAGCGAAAAGAAGGAGUAAAGGGUGGAUGACAGGACAAAAAGGGCUGACCCUCCAGGGACCCAGUAGACUGGGACAUAAGUAAAUAUUGCACAGCAUAAUGAUGUAACAGAUGACAGACUCACGAGAUAACCCUUCACCAUGCAAAGAACAGUGCUGUGUUCCCUUCAGCAGUUCUUAAACCUUUACAGAUUAACGAAUCAACACCUUCUGACCCACAGACCUGUUCCAGUACACAGUGAUCACAAGCAAGGCAAAAAUGGAUGGAGCAGGUAGCUUAAACACAAGCGCAGGGGCCCACAGGAGCCAGGCACAGGGCUAAAAUGCAUGCACUCGUGAGGUGCACACCAUAAGGUGGGGGGGGGGCGGAGCCCAUGGGGAGCUUGCUAUUUGCAAAUUUGACAACUGAUUCCACUUUGUAGAAAAUGCCUGAGGCCAACUGAUGCGCUCUAGUCACUCAUUUGCUGUUUCUAAAAUAGUUGGUGAUAAAGCUACCCCGUUUAAUAGAUGAAAACACACAGUGCCAAAACCAAGCAGAGGAGCUAAAAUGCACGUGAGACUUGAGAAAUCUGAAAACAAGUCCACGUAUUAUCUCUGAACUGGAGUAUUUCCACAGACUUGAAUAAUUUAUAAAAUGAUCGUAUCUUCUCAUCUCACGAAUAGCCUUUUUUACCCCCUGCAGUAGAGGAUUACUAUAUUUGCUUUGAAAAACACAAUUUAAACAUAUGUCAAGACCAGAUAAGUAUAAUUUAUAAAUUAUUAUUAAUAAAAUUGAAGUUGUGUUAACUUU